AUGGCGGCGCGGGGGUCCGGGCGCCGCGCGCUCCGCCUGCUCCUCCUGGUUCCGCUGGUCGCCGGACUCCGGGGCGCGGCGGGCGCGGGGGGCGGCGCGCCGGGAGGAUUAGCGGCGCCUUCCAUGGUGGCGAAACACGAAGACCGUUUGUUUAAGGAUUUAUUUCAAGACUACGAAAGAUGGGUUCGUCCUGUGGAGCAGCUGAAUGACAAAAUAAAAAUCAAGUUUGGCCUAGGCAUCUCUCAGUUAGUGGAUGUGGAUGAGAAAAAUCAGUUACUGACCACAAAUGUCUGGUUGAAACAGGAAUGGGUAGAUGCGAAGUUGAGGUGGAAUCCUGCUGACUACGGUGGAAUAAAAGUCAUCCGCGUCCCUUCUGACUCCCUCUGGAUCCCCGACAUCGUUUUGUUUGAUAAUGCGGACGGCCGCUUCGAAGGGGCCAGCACGAAGACGGUGGUGCGGCACGACGGCCGCGUCACCUGGACGCAGCCGGCCAACUACAAGAGCUCCUGCACCAUCGACGUCACCUUCUUCCCCUUCGACCGGCAAAACUGCUCCAUGAAGUUCGGCUCGUGGACCUACGACGGCUCGCAGGUGGACCUGGUCCUGGAGGACCCGGACGUGGACAGGACGGACUUCUUCGACAACGGCGAGUGGGAGAUCGUGAGCGCCACGGGGCGCGCGGGGACGCGCAGGGACGGCUGCUGCGCCUACCCGAGCGUCACCUUCGCGCUGGUCAUCCGGCGGCUGCCGCUCUUCUACACGCUCUUCCUCAUCGCGCCCUGCAUCGGCCUCUCCUUCCUCACCGUCGUCGUCUUCUACCUGCCCUCGCACGGCGGCGAGAAGAUCAGCCUGUGCACGUCGGUGCUCGUGUCGCUCACCGUCUUCCUGCUGGUCAUCGAGGAGAUCAUCCCCUCCUCCUCCAAGGUCAUCCCCCUGAUCGGCGAGUACCUGGUCUUCACCAUGAUCUUCGUCACCCUCUCCAUCAUGGUCACCGUCUUCGCCAUCAACAUCCACCACCGCUCGGCCUCCACGCACACCGCCAUGGCGCCCUGGGUGCGCAGGGUGUUCCUGCACCGGCUCCCCCGCGUGCUGUGCAUGCGCAGCCACGCCGACCGCUUCCGCGCCCGGCCCGACGCCCGCCACGCCGGCCGCCGCCGCGGGGCCCCCGGAAACGCCCUGGAAGCCGCCCUGGACGCCAUCCGGUUCAUCACCAGACAAGUCGUCAAGGAGAACGCUGUCCGCGAGGUAGUAGAAGACUGGAAAUUCAUAGCCCAAGUUCUGGAUCGGAUGUUUCUGUGGACCUUCCUUCUCGUUUCAGUCCUUGGAACUCUUGGCCUUUUUGUUCCUGUUAUUUACAAAUGGGCCAAAAUAAUAGUUCCUGUGCACAUUGGAAAUACAAAAUAAGUAAAAAUUUCCCCCAGGGGGCUUAUGAAUUCCCUCAGCAAGCACACGUCUCUCAUGCCAACCUGUACAAUUUUAAAAUGUGAAUGUCUCCUGUUGAUGAUGUAAGUUACCAGAAACUAUCAGAUAUGAAUGUUGGUUUAUCUUAGUAGAUUGUCCCCUAGAAAAAACAUACCCGCUUGCCUGACUGGAUUCCUAAUUUGAAAUAACAGCAAAACCAACUAGUGAAAAAUCUAAUAAUGUUUGCAUCUGAGAAAAUAACAUUAAUUUGUAAUCAUUACAUUCAUCUUUUGAAGGCUAGAAAAUCCAGUUAUAUUGGAAGACUCAUUGAUUGA